AUGAUUGUCCGGUCCUCUGCCGCGAGAAGCGUGGCCCGCGCGGCAUCCAACACCGCUUCACGGUCGACCGCCGCCGCCGCCUCCUCCACCCUCCAAUCCCGCCGCACCUACGCCACCGUUCAAGAAGGACAGCCUCAACAACGACGCUACGGCGGCCUGAAGGACCAGGACCGGAUAUUCCAGAACCUCUACGGCCACCAUGGCACAGACCUGAAGAGCGCCAUGAAAUACGGCGACUGGUACAAGACCAAGGAGAUUCUGCUGAAGGGCCAUGACUGGUUGAUCAACGAGAUCAAAGCUUCGGGGCUGAGAGGAAGAGGUGGUGCGGGCUUUCCGAGUGGGUUGAAAUUUUCAUUUAUGAACUUCAAGGGUUGGGAGAACGACAAGAAGCCGCGCUACCUGGUGGUCAACGCCGAUGAGGGCGAGCCGGGGACGUGCAAAGAUCGAGAAAUCAUGCGCAAAGAUCCUCAUAAACUCGUCGAGGGGUGCCUGGUGGUCGGCCGCGCCAUGAACGCCACCGCAGCGUAUAUCUACAUUCGAGGCGAAUUCUACCACGAAGCCACUGUUCUCCAGCGCGCCAUCCAAGAGGCAUACAAGGAAGGAUUGAUCGGCAAGAAUGCCUGCGGUACCGGAUACGACUUUGACGUCUAUUUACACCGAGGCAUGGGCGCAUAUGUGUGCGGAGAGGAGACGUCACUCAUCGAGUCGCUCGAGGGCAAGGCUGGAAAGCCUCGUCUCAAGCCUCCCUUCCCUGCAGCUGUCGGUCUUUUUGGAUGCCCAUCAACCGUCACGAACGUCGAAACAGUGGCAGUCUGCCCUACCAUCGUCCGACGGGGGGCGAAAUGGUUCGCCAGCUUUGGGCGUGAGCGCAACCAGGGCACCAAACUGUUCUGCAUUUCUGGGCACGUCAACAACCCGUGCACCGUCGAGGAAGAGAUGUCGAUUCCUCUACGGGAAUUGAUCGAGAAACACUGUGGCGGUGUCCGUGGUGGUUGGGACAACUUGCAAGCCAUCAUCCCUGGAGGCUCGUCGACGCCGAUCUUGCCCAAACAUGUCUGCGACGAUCAAUUGAUGGACUUUGACGCCCUGAAGGACAGCCAGUCCGGCCUGGGCACGGCGGCGGUGAUUGUGAUGGAUAAAUCAGCCGAUGUGGUAAGGAUGAUUGCCCGACUGAGUGCUUUCUACAGGCACGAGAGCUGCGGGCAGUGCACGCCCUGUCGAGAGGGAAGUGCGUGGACAGCCAAGAUUAUGGAGAGAUUCGAAAAGGGCCAGGCGAGAGCGAGAGAGAUUGAUAUGAUGCAGGAAAUCACCAAACAGGUUGAGGGACACAGUAUUUGCGCUUUGGGCGAAGCCUUUGCAUGGCCUGUGCAAGGUCUCAUUCGCCAUUUCCGACCCCAGCUCGAAGCACGCAUCAAGGAAUACUCACAGGCAGCCGGUGGGGAGGCUCUGGCGGGUGGAUGGGAACCUGAUGCUGCGAAGAAGGGGUUACUGAUUGCGCCUGGACAGUAA